AUGUCAGCAGUUGAAGAAUUAAAGUUCAUUUGGAAUUUUUUAUUUUCGGAUAUUACAUCAGAAAAACAAGAUGAAGAAAUAGAAUGUCAAAAAAAAUAUGAAGAAAAUAUAAAUUUACUAAAAAGAUUAAUGCGAACAGAAAACUUAAAAUUUGAACAAAAAUAUAAUGCCUUGAAUGUAUUGGAAAAAUUAAAAGAUGUGAAAGGUGUUAAAUAUGAAGAUGUUUUAUAUGAUUAUGCAAAAAAUUUUUUAAAAUUUUUAAAGGAAUCUUUUGGAAAUGUAGCAGAAGAAAUUCAAAUAAAUGAUAAAAUAUCUUAUAGAAGAAAUGAAUUAAUAAAACAGGAUUUAAAUAAUAAAUUACAAAAUUUAAACAAUAACUACAAUUUAGAAUAUAUUAAUUUAAAUAAAUGUUUAGGAACAGAGAAUUUUGAAAAUCAGCUAAAUGCGAGCUUGAAAUUUAAUUCGUUAAAGGAUAUUUUAAGUAAAUUGUUAAUUGAAAUGAAGAAAUACGAAAAUCAGUACAAUAAUUUAUCGGAUACAGAUAAAUUUUUGGAUAUGAAAAUUUAUGAAAUUGAAAAUUAUUUAAAUAAAGAUGUUAAUGACAAUGCGUAA